AUGUCGGACAAGCUCAACCAGUCUCUUGACGAGAUCCUCAAGGCCAACAAGCGCGUCUCCCGCGGCCGCCCUGCCGCCCGCCGCGCUGCUAGCGGAAAGGGCGCUGCUGCUGCCACCGCUCCCGUCGGUGGCGUCAAGAAGAACACCAAGGCUCCCAAGGCUGCCGCCAAGGCAAACAUUCCUACUGGACCUGCCUCCAAGGCGCAUGGAGACAGUAAGAUCAUGGUCAGCAACUUGCCUCACGAUGUGACUGAGCCUCAGAUUAAGGAGUACUUUGCGAAGAGCGUCGGACCGGUCAAGAAGGUUCUGCUCACCUACGGUCCCAACGGCCAGAGCCGCGGUGUUGCCACGGUCAUCUUCACUAAGCCGAAUGCUGCUGCUGAGGCUGCGGCGGCCCACAAUGGCCUGAAGGUCGACAAUAGGCCCAUGAGAGUUGAGGUCAUUCUCGGUGCCUCUGAUGUCCCUCCUCCCGCGGCGCCGAAGCCGCUUGGCGAGCGCGUCCAGCAACCCAAGAACGCUGCGAAGGCUCAGCCGAAGCCGGCUACGCAGACCAAGGCUGCGGCGGCGGCGGGCAAGGCGGGCAAGAAGCGCCUCCGCGGCAAGAAGACCAACCGUCCCAAGCCGAAGACGGCCGAGGAGCUUGAUGCUGAAAUGCAGGAUUACUUUGAUAGCGGCAACGGUGCGGGUGUGGACGGCGACACUGCGAUGGCGACCAACGGCGGCGCCGUGCAGGCGGCUGGCAAUGGCGGAGACCAGAUGGAGGAUGAGGUUAUGUAA